GUAAAUAUAAGACCUGCAAAAUCACAGCAAAACUCCUGUCAUGUAGAAAUAUAUCUUUUUUACUUUUUUUCUUACGAAUGGUUGUAAAUUAAUCAGAUUAUUAAAAAAAAAUCAAGUUCAAUAGGACGAUUUACUGAUGAAGUUGAAAAAGAUAACCAUGCCCGCUUGUAUUGUACUCGUAUAAUAAACAUCAAAGAGUCAUUUUAAACGCUACUUUGUAAAACCAAUUACUUAAAGUCGAGUGACUGACACAUUUGAAUAAAAAAAAGAAUAAUUAGAAUAAUCAGAGUUUCCAUAUUUGCAAUAACAGUGGCGGAUCCAGAGAUUUUUUAUUCCAAUGAAUGAUAUUGUAUUUUUUGUUCAACAUGUAGGGAGAGGGUGAAUUAAGUUUUUAUAAACUGUGCCCAAUCCCGUUGUAAUAUUUGAUAUAAAAUAAAUUAAUGAAUUAUAAGAUAAAUCUAAUAACUCAUUUAGUAAAUGAGACAAAGAAAAGAUUAAUGGGAUGUCGAAAAAAAUAUGGUAUGAAUUGAUGAAAAGUGUAAAGGUUGCGUUGCUGAUGGAAAUACCCGCGAAUCCUCCGUCACAUGAUCAAUUUAGCUCAUGCGACUUUUUUAUCAAAUGGAAAAUGGAGGGACGAACUACAGCAUGUGUGAUAUGUGCUGCAAUAGUGAUGAUGACACUUCAAGAUUUUUAUACUUUUGCUAAAAUUAUGGAUGUUGCGCAGUGUCCAAGAUGUCUGAACAAACGUGGAGUUGUAACGUGUAAAACUUACAAGAACAAUUGUGUCAGUGUUUUCCUUAAUCGUGCCAGAACCCAAAUCCGUGAAAUUCGCGUCCCUAUGUGUACUAUCGAUAUUGUGGUCAACAGAAAGUGGGAGUCCCUUACUGACUUUCCAGUAGUGCGGGACAUUAGGGGACAUCAAUGUGCCAGUGUAUUCAAUAUGCCUACUGAAGAGUCCAAGAUGUUGGCCACUACUACAUUACCAUCCACUUCAUCAGCAAAUACACAAGGGAGGGCUUGGAUUGGGCCAGCGUCAUUGAAAAGUACAACUCAAGAUAUGCCUACUGAAGAGUCCAAGAUGUUGGCCAUCUUUACAGUGCCAUCCACUUCAUCAGCAAAUACACAAGGGAGGGCUUGGAUUGGGCCAGCGUCAUUGAAAAGUAAAACUCGAGAUAUGCCUACUGAAGAGUCCAAGAUGUUGGCCACUUCUACAAUACCAUCCACUUCAUCAGCAAGAACACAAGGGAGGGCUUGGAUUAGGCCAGCGUCAUUGAAAAGUACAACUCAAGAUAUGCCUACUGAAGAGUCCAAGAUGUUGGCCACUUCUACAAUACCAUCCACUUCAUCAGCAAGAACACAAGGGAGGGCUUGGAUUAGGCCAGCGUCAUUGAAAAGUACAACUCAAGAUAUGCCUACUGAAGAGUCCAAGAUGUUGGUCAUCUUUACAGUGCCAUCCACUUCAUCAGCAAAUACACAAGGGAGGGCUUGGAUUGGGCCAGCGUCAUUGAAAAGUAAAACUCGAGAUAUGCCUACUGAAGAGUCCAAGAUGUUGGCCACUUCUACAAUACCAUCCACUUCAUCAGCAAGAACACAAGGGAGGGCUUGGAUUGGGCCAGCGUCAUUGAAAAGUACAACUCGAGGGUUACAAUUAUCUACCGAAGAAUUUGACGUGCCUGGGACCGCAGGUGUUUUUGCCUGGGCAGUUGUCACAACACUUGCCAUUAUUCUGAUUGUGAUAAGGCAUCUUUUGCUUUCGAAAAUAAAAUGCUGCUGUAGAAGGCAAGUCAACCAUCUUCCUAGAACACCAUCACCACCUUCAACACCGUGCACUCGUGAAACUGUAGAGCAGAUAAGAAUGCAUUUAUUGCACACACCAUCUUCCAUUGCUACCACCCCCAGCAGUUUAUCGGCGUCAACCCCCAACACAGUAGUUUCAGUAACUCGACCUCUCCUUGGUGAUGAUGACGAUGAACCUAUUUCACAACGUACCAGGGCUAAAAGUGUCGCAAAGAGACUUAGCCUGUAAUUUCUUUACUAGUUUUUCAAAGGGAUGAUAUUACUACGUUUUGAACUUUUUAAUGACUGUGUAGUGUACAAGUUUUGAAAAUGAUAACAGUAAACAGUUUUAUGAAUGUGUAAUCAGUUUAAAGUUGUGCAUUUUUUAUGACAGAUUUUUUUGGAAUUGGAAAAAGCAUAAAGUUUGGGACUUUUUGAACUGUUUAAGUUCCAUUAUUUUUCCUUUUUUUACAAAACAGAUUUGUUAAUGACAUAACAAGUUGAUGACAUUUUACUUUUUUUAAUGAAUGUACAUGUAGUACAGAGCAACGGUAUUGUUUAAGGACAUUGACUCGUUAGUUUUUCCUAUGGUUGCUUUUAAUGUUUUUGUAUUUUUUAUUUUUUUUUUUAUUUUAUGCGACAGUUUGUAUUUUACUUGAAUACUGAUCAAAGGAAAAUUUAAAGUCCUGCCUUUAUUUGCUGAUUAUUAUAAUUUACAUAUGACAGUGAUCAUGUGGUUAUUUUUGGGAUGUGCAAUUGAUGUAAAAUGAUGUUUAAGUUGAUUUUAACUGAUAAAUGUGAUUUACACUUAACAUUGAUCAUUUGCUUAUUAUGAUUGUGAUGUAUAAGUUAUGACAUUAGGGUUAAUUGUUGCAGCACAUAUUUCUAUAUAAUAAUAUUUAAUAUCCAAUAGUUAUAGAGUAUUAUGCUUAAUAUUAUCUACCUGUGAUAUAAUGCUGUUAAUAACAAUGCAGGUUUUAAAUAUUUUUGAACAUUUGUUUAGCUAGAAAUUCUUUUGGUUAGCAACUGGGUUUAAAGAAUAAGUUUGCACAGUUUGAUAUUAAGCAUGUUAAUGUCUAUUUAUAGAUAUUUUUGUCAAUAAGCCAGUAUAUUUCUUAACAUUGUUUUUACCUAAUGUCAUUUCUUUGAAAAUUUGUUAAGUAUUAGGAAAUACUUAAAAUUUUUGUUACAGGAUUUUUGUUAAUAAAAAAGUAUUCUUUCUA